UGUUUUACUCUUCCAUCCAACCAAAAUCCAUUUCCACUUUUUAGGUUGAAAUUAUUUGAUCAACUAACUGCAUCCAGCCGCUCAUUCCUCUUUCAAAAACAAACACAUCCUACUCAUCUUGCAGUCGACGGCCUUGUCUCCUGAUUAAGGUGCACUCCUUAAUCCUACUGCACGCUUCUUCUUUGAAAAUCUCCACCUAGUCCCAGAUCUCCAACCGACCCGACCGGAGGAGGGCAUCUUGACCCGGCAGAGGAGGACCUGGUUGUGUAAACUCAUAAAGGCGAUGAACGCUUCGAUAAUCGACCCAUUGCAAGGAGAUUUCCCAGAAGUGAUAGAGGAGUAUUUGGAACAUGGGGUUAUGAAAUGCAUUGCCUUUAAUCGCCGUGGUACCCUUCUUGCUGCUGGGUGCUCUGAUGGAAAUUGCGUCAUCUGGGAUUUUGAGACCAGGGGUAUUGCUAAGGAGCUUCGUGAUAAAGACUGUGUUGCUGCCAUAACUAGUGUAUGUUGGUCAAAGUAUGGCCAUCGCAUUCUCGUGUCUGCUGCUGACAAGUCAUUGACACUAUGGGAUGUUGUCAGUGGUGAGAAAAUCACUCGAACGAUACUCCAACAAACCCCUCUACAAGCUCGGCUACAUCCUGGUUCCUCUACUCCAUCUCUCUGCUUGGCAUGCCCCCUCUCAUCUGCUCCCAUCAUUGUUGACUUGAAUGCAGGAAGCACAACUGUUCUUCCAGUUUCCAUUCCUGACGUUAACCCGGGACUUGCCCCUUCGUCACGGAACAAAAUUUCUGAUGGCACUCCUCCUUUUUCUCCUACUGCUGCUUGCUUUAAUAAGUAUGGGGAUCUGGUUUAUGCAGGGAACUCGAAAGGUGAAAUACUUUUAAUAGAUUACAAAAGUGUCCAAGUGCGUGCCAUGGUUCCUGUUUCUGGAGGUUCUGUGAUUAAGAACAUAGUGUUCAGCAGGAACGGACAGUAUCUGCUUACAAAUUCAAAUGAUAGAACAAUCAGGAUCUAUGAGAACCUUCUCCCCUCGAAAGAUGGACUUAAAGCCCUAGGUGACCUAAAUGUGACCCGUGAUGGGAUUGAUGAUAGUGUUGAGAAGUUGAAAGCAGUUGGAUCGAAAUGCUUAACCCUUUUCCGUGAGUUUCAAGAUGCCAUCACAAAGAUGCAUUGGAAAGCACCUUGUUUCAGUGGUGAUGGUGAGUGGGUGAUUGGCGGUUCUGCAAGCAAAGGGGAACACAAGAUUUACAUAUGGGAUAGGGCCGGGCAUCUUGUGAAAAUUCUGGAAGGGCCAAAGGAAGCCUUGAUAGAUUUAGUGUGGCAUCCUGUUCACCCCAUUGUUGUCUCUGUUUCACUGACUGGUUUGGUUUAUAUCUGGGCCAAAGAUUACACUGAGAACUGGAGUGCAUUUGCUCCUGAUUUCAAAGAGCUUGAGGAAAAUGAGGAAUAUGUAGAACGAGAAGAUGAAUUUGAUCUGAUCCCUGAAACUGAAAAGGUGAAAGAAUCUGAUGUUAAUGAAGAUGAUGAAGUUGAUAUUGUGACAGUGGAGAAAGAUUCAGCUUUCAGUGAUUCAGAUAUGUCACAGGAGGAGCUAUGCUUUUUACCUGCAAUUCCUUAUCCUGAUGUUCCUGAGCAGCAAGAUAAGUGCAUAGAAAGUUCAUCGAAAUUGGUGGAUAGUAAUAAUUCUGGCUCCCCUAUUUCAGAAGAGGGCCGACCAAAUGGACGUGCAAAUAAUCAUGCAUCAAGUCCACUUGAAGAGGAUGCUGGUGCAACACGGUUGAAAAGAAAACGUAAGCCUUCCGAGAAGGGGAUGGAGUUUCAGGCUUAGAAGUUUUCAACAACAGCAAAAUGACCACAAUUAAUGUUACAAGCAAAUCAACGUUGAAUUCAAUCAACUGGUGCUCUCAAGUAUUCUGCUAUCUCUUUCCACCGAUGGGCACCUCGCUCUGUUUUACAGGGAAAGCUCCCAUGAAUUUAGUACUUUUUGGAAUGAGCAUGGCUUAUGGGAAGAGACUCAGUCUCAGAGUUACUUGCGCCGUGGUACUGCGAUUACUUGGACCGGAAGCUUAUGAGCACUUUCGUUCCAAAGAAAAUGUCAAGCAUGCCUGUAUCUUCACCUGCAUAGCACCCCGUGGACAAAUUCCUAUUUGGAAAAGUCGAUUCGGAUUUUGAGCUUUGCAGGCAUUUUCUUACAGAAUUUAGGGUGAUUAGAAGAGCUCUAGAUGAUUUUUGUGUAUGUUGUAUGAUUAAAUCAUCUGUGUGUUUGACAAAGCAGCUUACAUAAGCUUAGUUCAGUAAAAAUGAUCAAAUUUGAUCCUCA